CACGCGGAAGCGGCGCGGCGCGGGCCGAUGGCGGAGCGCGGCCAUGGCGCUGGCGCUGGCGCUGCUGUGGCAGGCGCUGGGCCGGGCGUGGCGGAGCCCCGCCGGUAGCGCCCGCCAUGCGCCCCCGAGCCGCGCCAUGGAGCACGACAGGGCCAUCGAGGUCUACGAUAUAAUCCGGACUAUCCGGGACCCGGAGAAGCCCAACACCUUGGAAGAACUGGAAGUGGUGACAGAAAACUGCGUGGAAGUGCAGGAGAUAGGGGAGGAUGAAUAUCUGGUCGUCAUCAGGUUUACACCAACAGUACCUCAUUGCUCCUUGGCCACUCUCAUCGGCCUUUGUUUAAGAAUCAAACUUCAGAGAUGUUUGCCUUUUAGACACAAGCUGGAAAUCUACAUUUCUGAGGGCACACAUUCCACGGAGGAGGACACUCCUGAGCCCUGUCCUGGCUGUUUGUCCCGGGGUGUUUUGCAGUCAACAAGCAGAUCAACGACAAGGAGAGGGUGGCAGCAGCCAUGGAGAACCCCAACCUGCGGGAGAUCGUGGAGCAGUGCGUGACUGAGCCCGACUAGGGACCCCAGCCCGGGGACAGCCCUGCUGAGGAAAUAAUAAUAACCAAGGCCUUGGCGUUAAUACUUGAGUUGUUUUUAUCUUCCAUGUGUUCUUUUUUUUAAAGAGAAAUUGUUUAUAAGAUAGAUAUAAAUUAUGAGGAAUCAGUCUCUAAAGAAAGGCCGGUGUAUAGUGCUGGAAGUUUGUAAUUUUUGGUGUCCAGAGGAAUAUUUUGUGAUUCAAAACACAUCUGCAUUGCCUUCUGAGAGAAGUUGUGAUACAAAUUCAGUUUUGCCAGUUGAAUUUCUACAUUGUUUCAAUCACUGCACUGUAAAAAUGAAACAGAUUCUUGUACUGAAGUGCUGCUUUUUGGGUCCUGAA